AUGCCGGUGGCCGACCACUUCAUGGCCGUGGUCAGCGAUCCGCCGGCUACGGUGGCCAAGUCGAAAACGCGGAACGCUUGCGAGAAAUGCGGACAGCGUUUGCCGGACAAGACCGCGCUGUGGAGACACGUGCAACACGACCACGGUACCGACCCGGACUUGAUGUGCCCGGAACACGGUUGUGGUAAGCUGUUCACCAGCGGCGCCCUGAGAAGGGGGCACAUGGCCCACCACGCCAUGUGCGGUGCCCGGCCGAACACGUGCGAGAUGUGCGGCAUGCUGUUGGCCAGCCGCAAGACGUUUUACAACCACGUGGUGACCGUCCACAAAGACUGCAUCAGAGACCUUUGCGCCUUUUGUCUAAGAUUUAGCGAAAGCGCCGCGGCCCUGAAAGCGCACGUGUGGCAAACGCACGGCAAGCUCAUGUCGUCGGGCAUAAGGUGCGAUGUGUGCGGCAAAGCUUACUGCAACAGAACCAUGAUGCUCAAGCACAAGGCAAUCCACGAGAUGAAAAAAUAA